AUGGAAGAUGAUCUUCUAGUCCUUUAUACAAAGCUUUCUUUGACUGAGAAGGAAAGUGAAGAUGUGGUUAUCGAAUCGGAGAAUUUGGAGGAAGUGUUGCCUCGGGGAGAGAAGUGUUUGUUUAUGCAACUCUUUACUGGAAAAUAUUUCAAUUGGGAAGCGUUUAAGGGCAUGAUGCGGAAAAUAUGGAGGACUAUCAUGGGAGUUUGUUUUCGGGACCUCUCAUCAACGAUGUUUCUUGUUGAGUUUGACGAUGUUAGUGAUAAAGAGAAUGUUCUAAGAGAGGGGCCAUGGACUUUCGAUAAACAUCUAGUUUUGUUUGCUGAAGCGGAUGGUAGACUUCAAGUACAACAGAUUAAAUUGGAGACUGCAUCCUUCUGGGUCAGAUUACAUGAUCUUCCCAUUAUGGCUCGGAAUGUACAUGUGGGUCAAAAACUUGGGGAGAAGAUUGACAUAGUUGAAGAAGUGGAUCUGGAGAAAGGUGAAGUGGAAUGGGGAGAGUAUUUGAGAGUGAGAGUCAAGCUCAAUGUGAAUGAACCUCUCUUACGAGGAUCUAAGCUGUCUGUUGGAGGUGGUCAGUCAGUUUGGAUUCGGUUUUCUUACGAGCGAUUGCCUAAUUUAUGUUAG